AUGACUCUGAAACUGCAAGGAACUUUCACGGCGCUCGUGACGCCCUUUACGGAAGACGGCAGUGCCGUGGACUACGCCACGCUGCGCGAACUAGUGGAAUGGCAGAUUCAGGAGGGCAUUAACGGCCUCGUGCCGAUGGGCACGACGGGUGAGUGUCCCACGGUCACACACGAGGAGCACGAUCGUGUGAUCGCCGAGGUGGUAGCUACGGCCAACGGCCGCGUGCCAGUAGUCGCUGGUACGGGUUCCAACAAUACGGCCGAGGCGCUGCGUCUUACGCGCGCAGCUAAGAAGGCAGGCGCUGACGCCUGUCUGGUGGUUUGUCCGUACUACAACAAGCCCACGCAAAAAGGUCUGUUCGCCCACUUUAAGGCUGUAGCCGAGGUAGGCCUGCCAGUAGUGGUGUACAACAUCCCCGGCCGGACCAACGUCAAUUUGUCGCCCGAGACUAUUGCUGAGCUCUACAAGUUGCCCAACAUUGUGGCCAUUAAGGAGUCCACAGGCUCGCUUGACCAGGCGAUGGAGAUCGCCGCCUUAUGUGACAUCACCAUCCUGUCCGGCGACGACAAUUUGACGCUUCCGCUUAUGGCCAUGGGUGCCACGGGUGUUAUUAGUGUGCUCUCCAAUGCAGCCCCCAAGAAGGUUUUAGCCGUCACGGAUUCGAUGCUGAAGGGCGACUAUGAUGCUGCUCGCAAGGCUGCACUGGAGAACAUCUUUCUGGUCAAGUCGCUUUUUAGUGAGGCCAACCCGCAGCCUAUUAAGAAGGUGCUGCAGCUCAUGGGCAAGUGUUCACCUGCUGUGCGCGCCCCUUUGGUAGAGUGCGAGCCCUCGACCAUUGAGAACCUUACGAAGCUGGCCAAGGAGCACAAGCUGAUCUAA